AUGGCAAUCAUGAGUACCCUUUCCUUCGCCCAAGACCCUCGCGCUGACUUUGCACUCAAAAUAUGCGCCGGGGGACUUGUUCUUAUUUUCGUCCAAACGAUCCUUUCGGCAGUCUACUGUUUAUUCUUCCACCCCCUUAGGAAGUUUCCCGGACCGCCCCUUGCUCGUGUCUCGAGACUAUGGAGUCGACUUGGAAACUUUCAAGGCCGAAAAUCAGAGAGAAUCCAUGAAGCCCACGGAAAAUAUGGCUCUGUUAUUAGGGUUGGGCCAAACGAGUUAUCGUUCGCGGAUCCGGAAGCCGUCCGUGCCAUAUACAAUUCCGACGUGUUCAUCAAAGAAGAGAGUUUUUAUCGAGCUAAACGGAUCUUCCACGAAGACUUCCUCCUAAGUUACCGGGACCCAAAGGCACAUAGGCAGCGUCGGAAGCUUGUAUCCCGUGGCUUUUCCCAGGCUUCUAUGAACGAAUUCGAGCCAAACAUCGAUACCAAGAUUACCGCUAUGUUAGACCACUGGACGACCAAGACAGCGCAGGGCAAUGCCAUUGAUGUCUUUAGCUGGGUUCACUGGCUAGGAUUCGAUACCGUUUACCAUCUCAUGUUCGAUGUUGAUCCGGGGUGCGUCAAACAUGGGCGAUCCCACGAGGUGAUGCCAUAUUUCUAUGCCUGGAAGCCGACCUACAUGUUUAAAGAAUUUCUCCCUGUUCUUGAGCGGUGGGGUGUUCUUGUUCCGGGUUAUGUAGGCAACUGCUUCCGUGGCGUCAAUAAGUGGAAGAAGUAUGCGAUGAACAUUAUCCAGGACUGCCGCGCUACGGGAGUCAACACGCCUUUCCUGCGCCAAGUUAUUUCCAGUCCCACAGGCCCCAAAGAUGUUGACCCGGGUGCUUCCCUUACCAACUCCCAGAUAGCGGAAGAAUGCAUGGGUGGAAUGUUUGGAGGUACUGGGACGACGGCGACUACAUUCAUCUACAUCCUCUGGGGCUGCUUACAGAAGCCAGAAGUGACCAAACGGCUUCAGGAAGAGCUCAGGGCAGCCUUCCCCGACCGCGAUGCAGUACCAGAGUACCGUGUGUGCACAGGGUUGCCUUUGCUUCAGGCAGUCAUCAACGAAACAUUGAGGCGAUACCCGACCAUUAUUGCCACACUGCCGCGAACAGCAAUCCAGGACACGGUAGUUGCGAACGUUGCUGUCCCUAAAGGAACCAUUGUCGGCAUCCAAAACUUUACCAUCCACCUGAAUGAAGAGGCCUUCCCCAACGCCGAGGAAUGGAACCCCGACCGCUGGCUUGCAAAGGAGGGAGAAGAACAACGAAGAGAGGCAUGGGUUCCAUUUUCCGUGGGACCUCGCAAGUGCAUCGGGAUCAAUCUAGCGCAGAUGGAGCUCAGCAAGCUCACAGCAGCGUUCUUCCGCCGAUUCGAUGCUUCGAUUGACAGUAGUAUGACACAGGAUGACAUGAGACUGUAUGAUACUUUCAAUGCUAGCCCGGCGAGCAAGAAGCUGGUCCUUCACCUCAAGCAAUGCGAAGAUUGA